AUGACAGCCGGGUGCCAAGUACGCAUGCGCAAGAAGCGGUGCUUUUUGUGAAUGGUAAGGCGGUACCUGGGACACAUGACAGAUCCCAGAAGCCGCCGGACCAAUCACAAAGCGCAAGUGCUUCUCGCUCAUGCACACUGGGCACCUGGCUGUCAUGCCGAGCGCCAUUACAGAAGCCGGGAAGACAGCGCGUGGCUGGAUCGAGGAACAGGUAAGAUCAAACAAAAACUCUGCGGAAGAGCGGGUACCUGUCAAAUUCAGGUACCCGCUCCCCACCUCCCCAAAGGUCAGCAGUCAUCUAAGUACCUGGAAGUUCUGGGUGGCAAAGAG